AACGAGAUCAGGAACAUGAAAAAUUAAAAAAAAAUGAUCUUCGAGUAUGAAUUACAACGUAAGAAGGAAUUAGCAAAAAGAAAUAGAACUGAAAGUAGAUCGCUAGAAAGUCAAAAUAGAAAUAAUGCAUCUACAGCAAACACAUCUACAGCAUUGACAUUAUCCGAAAAAAAUUUGUCAAUUAUAUUUAAACAAUUCUGAAUUAAGAAAAUCGCGAUGAAAGAUUUAAACAAUUACGUAGUGAAGAUAGCGAAAGUGGUCUACGUUCAAGAAGACCAGUUCAGGAAGACGAACGACUACAACGUAGACGGAAAGAAUGGUUUAUACAACAGAAACGAGAACGGGAACAUGAAAAAUUAAAAAAAAAAAUGAUCUUCGAGUAUGAAUUACAACGUAAGAAGGAAUUAGCAAAAAGAAAUAGAACUGAAAGUAGAUCGCUAGAAAGUCAAAAUAGAAAUAAUGCAUCUACAGCAAACACAUCUACAGCAUUGACAUUAUUCGAAAAAUCAGAAUCUUCAGAUGGUACAUCUUUAUUUAGAGGACCAGAAGGUACUCAAGUUAGUGCAACAGAACUACGAAAAAUUAAGGUAGAUAUUCAUAGAGUUUUGCCAGGAAAACCAACAACAACAACUGAUGAACUUAAACGAGAUAUUAUCAAUCCUGAAGAUGUGAUGCUCAAAAGAAGAACGGAAAUUUGUCAAUUAUAUUUAAACAAUUCUGAAUUAAGAAAAUCGCGAUGAAAGAUUUAAACAAUUACGUAGUGAAGAUAGCGAAAGUGGUCUACGUUCAAGAAAACCAGUUCAGGAAGACGAACGACUACAACGUAGACGGAAAGAAUGGUUUAUACAACAGAAACGAGAUCAGGAACAUGAAAAAUUAAAAAAAAAAUGAUCUUCGAGUAUGAAUUACAACGUAAGAAGGAAUUAGCAAAAAGAAA